AUGGGACGACCGUUCAGAGUUCUGCUGGUCUUCAGUCUCGUGUUGGUCUUCAGUCUAGUGUUGGCCACUAACGAGCAAACUGGGACGUACUACUGCGCUGUGGCCGCCUGUGGACAAGUCCUGUUCGGGAACGGGACCGAGGUCAGGGUCAGAGACGGAGUGGACCCCAUCCUCUACAUCCUGAGUGGAGCUUUGGGUCUGUCCUUGGUCCUGGGUCUGGUUCUGACUGUAGCCGUCUUCAGGCUGAAGCACAGGUACAGCGUCCUCUCUGCAGAGCUCAUAUUCAAUUCCAGAACAUCGUCUGUGAAUAAUACAGAGGGUCCGGAGCAGGACGAGGACUCUCUUCACUACGCUGCUCUGAACGUUCAGUCUUCCUCCAGACGACAGAGAGUCAUGGUUCAGACAGAAUGUGUUUACUCCAGCGUUCACCUGUGA